AAUGAUUUCAAACCCGAGUUUGGGGAGCAGAAGGAGGAGGUCCGCUGCUAAUCCCGAGCUGUCUGAGAGGAAAGGCUUGAAUCCAGCAAAGAGGCUUAACCGGAGCAGCGCGAGCGUUCAGCGUUUCACCCUUUAGCUCAGGUUCGGGUUUAGCCCACUGCAACUAUUGGUUUGUUGGGCUGUCUGUCUCUGGUCGUGGACGGAGUGAUGUCCAGAGGACUCGGCGCACAUCGCGACGGGACGCAGCGUGCUUUGCUGACUGAACUCGUCGCCGGGACCAGGACCUGAUGGAAAAUCCCUGGUAAUCGAUUUCUAAUCCCGUACGUCCGCUAUUGAAGGAAUAUCAGUACCAGCGGUUGAUUCCCGAAUACAUUUAGUCUAUUUUCCCCCAAAGUGAGGACACUCGAUGCAGGCGCGGGGUGCCACAGCAUCCCAUUCACAUUUCGCGUUCGUUAUCGGCCCGUUGAAGAGGGAAAACGAUACUUCAACAUUUUCGGACGAUGUACUCGUGCUGUAAUACAACCCCACAGCUCAAGCUUGGUUAAAUGACUGGUGACAGUUCUCUUUAAAGCCACCGUUGACACGAAGGGAGACUCUUAAGGCGGGACAGACAUGGCCAACAGUCCGUCCGACAGCCAGCCCGCGGACGACGACCUGCUGCGCUGCAGCCGAGAGGAGCUGCUGCGGAGGUUCAGGAGGGUGGACAGCGAGAAAAUGAACUUGAUGCUCGAACACGGCAACAUGAUGAAAGACAUCAACCGUCGGCUGCAGGUGCACCUGCACGAGAUCCGCAGCCUGAAGGAGAUCAACCAGAAGCUGCAGGACGACAACCACGAGCUCCGGGAGCUCUGCUGCUUCCUCGACGACGACCGACAGAAGGGGAAGAAGCUGUCCCGCGAAUGGCAACGCUUUGGUCGUCACACGGCCAGCGCCAUGUGGAAGGAGGUGGGCACCUACAUGAUGAAGCUGAAGGAGCUGGAGGCCAACCAGGACAACGUACUGCGGGAGAACUCUGAGCUGAAGGAGAUCAUCCUCAUGCUGGAUGAGGAGAGAAAUGGAGCAGGGUCCAGGAGCUCCAUAGACAGUCAGUCCAGUUUGAGCAACCUGAACGGUGGCACGGGCACAGUGAGGGAUGUUGGAGACGGGAGUAGCACGUCCAGUACAGGUAGUGCUGGGAGCCCCGAUCACCACAACCACAAACACAAGAACAGUAAGUUGGGCACCACCACGAGGAGGUCCAUGGAUGACCUGUCGGCACCGCACCAUCACAGGAGCAUCCCAAACGGACUUAAUGAUUCCUCCUCCAACUACAUCAGGCAGCUGGAGAGUAAAGUGCGGAUCCUGGAGGAUGAUAACAAUAAGCUUCUCUCCCAGUCCAACCCAGGUGACCUCCGUGCCCUGAGGAAGGGAAUGACCCUCUAUCACUCUGAAUCCCAGCUGUCAUCACUGCCCCAACGCCUGGAUGCCAUGCACAAGGGUACUGGCCGUCUCCCAACCAGCGAGUCUUCUCCAGCCACAGGCUACCUGUCCUGCGUCCAGAAGCCGGAGGCUGUGGUGCACGCCAUGAAGGUGCUGGAGGUCCACGAGAACCUGGACAAGCAGGUUCCUGAGGACUAUGAGGACGACCUGAGUGAGAAAGAGAAGGCCAUUGUGAGAGAGAUGUGCAACGUGGUGUGGAGAAAGCUGGGUGAUGCAGCGGGAUCAAAGCUGUCCGUCAGACAGCACCUCUCUGGGAACCAGUUCAAAGGGCCGCUGUAGCCUGGCAACCAGAGGGAGAGGGGAGGAGUUCCAGUACCUGCACUCACCUUGUACCCCUCGUACUACCUGCGUGUACACUACCCAUCAUGCUGUGCAGUCCUGCGGCCCCAGUGUUCCUCAUCAAACAGACCUGUUGGUCUGUCGUUCACAUGCAAACCUUCACGUGUGUUGCAUCUUUUUAUCUCUCAGCGGUUGUGAAGCGUUGACAACUGGCAGCUAGUAUUACUGAUUUUCUUUGAUUUGGAGCCUUUCAGCUACACAAUGUCUAUUUGUAAAAGUUGUAAUCAAACACCACCUUUAGUUCUUUGGAGCACAGCUGUGAUACAUUAAGCUAACCCUAUGGUUUCCAGCAAAGACCUACCUGUGGGAAAUGAAGGUUUUAAUAGCGCCUCCUUUAGAUACUCUAACCUUGUCACACAUACCCCCCCCCCCUAGUGCGCGCUGAGUAUAACUAGCAUUAGCAUUCUAAAGUGAUAACUAAUGUGAGCUAGCGCCUCUUGCUCCUAGGACAAGUCUAUGGAUAAUUAAGUCUAGAGAUCACUUCUAACUUGUGUAUAAUAUGUAUAAAAAAUAGCACUACUUCAUUGUUAUAGUUGAUCUAUUUUGUAUUCUAGCGUGGCCAUGUGAUCAAUUACUAAGUUCAAAAAGCACACAACUGGACUGUACACAGGGUUUGCUAAAAAGAUCUUUUUUUUUUCAGAUGAAUUACUAUUAAUCCUUCUCCUUGUUACCUUCUACUUUGUUGAACUGACUAAAAUUGUAUGCUCGACAAUCAUUUUCUCAGGUUGAGAGGGCUACAGCUUUGCGUGUGUGUGUGAGUGUGUGUGUGUGUGUGUGCGAAUGGUUCUCCUCCAGUUGUAGCAUCUACCUAUUAGGCGUUUGCUGAAUCCAUACAAAAAUGUCCCGGUCAAACAUGAAUGUGGAGUUGUUGUCUGCUCCUGUGGAAGAACGGUUCCCUUUGUCAGGCUCAGUCUGUUUGUGUGGAUUCAGCAGUGUUCAUGUGGCAUGUUUCUUAAAGUUGAAUCUUUUUUUCUCAAAGUCUUCCCUUAUGUCUCCUGAAAAGACUAACAUUUAGAAAUGGGUAUUCCUUGAUGUCAGCAUAAAUAAACAUUUUUUUGAGCAUUGAUUGACAGGUGUCGGAGAUGGGAGAGCCCUUAGUAACUGAACAGUCCUAUUUUAGAUGUAUCUUAUUACUCAAACUAAAGUGAUCAGAUAGAUCUGUUUACUGACGGGCAGCUGAGCCUCUCCCAUCUCGUGUUAUUUGUUCCAAAGUAGGACCUUCUCGAGGCGGCUCUCCACGCACCAGUUCUCUCAAACAAUGGGGGUAGAAAUAAAUCGUCUCCUUUUUUCUAGGAACUGAUUUGUAGCCAUGAUGCAAUUUUGAAUACCUUUUAUAAAUGGCAUUGGAUUUCAAAUGUGCCACCUUUUUUUUCCUGGAUUUGGAACUCAACUGUCUUACUUUCUGCCUGGUGGCUGAAACACGAGUACAGAAUCUUAGAUUCUAUAGUGUAAAUAAAACGAAAUCUGUAGUAGCUCCCAUGGCUGUAACGUCUUUUCACGACUUUGGAGAAAAUGAAUAAAGUUGUUGAACGAUG